AUGGGGCUCGCAGUGGAGCCUGUGUCAAGGUCUGACUCUCCGUCGACAAGUGAACCGGCUGAAGUCAAUCCCGCUGAUAGACAAAAACGUAGUUUACUCCUUGGUGCUGGUGCUCUUGGUGCGGGAGCUCUUGGUGUUGGUGUGCUCGGAGCUGGCGUUCUAGGCGCUGGAGUCAUUGGUGCUAAGGCUGGUUUUAUUGGUGGUGCUCUCGCCGGAAAAGCGUUCCACGGCAGAAGCUACGGCGGCUGGGGUGGUCAUGGAUAUGGCGGCUAUGGAGGAUACCGUGGAUACGGAGGAUACGGCGGAUAUGGUGGAUAUGGCGGAUAUGGUGGAUAUGGUGGAUACGGCGGAUAUGGUGGAUAUGGAGGACACGGCAGCUACUAUCCCCGGCACUACGGUGGUUACAGCAGCUAUGGCUCUUACCACGGUUCCGAGUACUAUCCGGGAUCCUACUACAACUCAUGGUGGUGA